AGAUGGGCGGAGCCACGGAGGAACGUCAACAACAUGCCGGGAACUGAGAGCCGCGCAGACGGACAGCCACAGGAAGCAAUCCAUGACAUAGAUGAACCAAACAUAGUGUCUUUAAUAUCACAUUUCGCUGAUGACAAUCUGACUAUUGUGCGGAACCUCAGCACUGGCCUGGCCCUUGCUGGUGUUUUAGUUAUAGCAAGGAGUAUCAAACUGACCAGCAAGUUUGGAGCGGUGGCUGAGAUCCCGGUUCACUUCAUCAGGGGUAACGUCAGCCUGCGAGGGCGAGUCCGCACUGUUUCAGACCACGGCCUGGAAAUAGAGCACAUCCCCGUCGUGCUUCCCAUCCUAUCGCGCCUGCUUUCCAAACGUGUGUGUUCUUCUUCUCUGGCGGUGCGUCUGGCGGGGGUGGAGCCCACAGCUGAAGGGCAGCUCUGGCUGCGGAGACACCUGGCCCCCGCCCAGGUCGUCUGGUUCAAACUGAUCAGCAGAGAGGACCACGUACUCCACUGUCUGGUGUCCCAUAGCAAGCAGGGGGCGUUCUGGAGCCUCUGUGUGAACGAGGAGUUGCUCCGGCUGGGCCUGGCCCGCACCGUCCCGCUGUUUGGAGUGGCCCCGGGCUCCCGUCUCUAUUGGCGUCUCUACAGGAGGCUGCUGAGGGCCGAGUUCAAGGCAGAGAAGAAGGGCCGGGGACUGUGGAAGGAGGCGGGUUUCUGGGAGAGAGCCUCCGACUCUGUCAGGUACAACAGGCUGAUCAGCGCUGUGAAGAGACUCUUCGGGAGAACGUGAUUGGUUAAGGGAGCGAGUGACACGUCGCGAGGAGAGAUCUUUUUUUUUUUUUUCAAUUCCGUUUUUCUUCAAAGGGUCUCCUCAAGAAUGGGGAAAUCAAUCAUUGAAGAAAUCAACAUAUUCAUGUAUUUUUUUAACCGUUUUUUCGAUUCUUGAGUGGCAUUCUGUAUUAACAGAAUACAUUCCGUGUUUCACAGAAUGUAUUCUGUAAAUAUCUAAAGAUUACCUGUUGUGUCUCAUCUUUCAUUCAUGACAAUUCCACCAUCCUACCAAAUCUGUCCAGAAGGCUUAGAUUGUGGCAGUAGCUCUCAUGGCUCAGUACAAAUGUUGUGGUUGAGAACCCAGCUCUCUUCCACUUCCUCUGUUAAACCUCAUCGCUAAGACUCUGUGCUCAGUGACCUGCAUCUCCUCUGUGUGUAGGUGUACUAAUGUGUGAGUGUGAGUGUGUGUGUGUGUGUGUGUGAGAUUGUGUGACGUAACCCCCCUCCCCGACUCAACCACUAUCAACAAUGGAGAGGAGUUGUAUUUAAAUGGUGUUGAAGUGAAGGGGGUUCACCAGACCCUCUUUGAGACCGCCGUUGCUAUAGGAACAAGUCUGAAAGACAAAGCGUGUCAAAGGCUGGGCCCCAUAAUGGCCGCCCUCAAACCCCAUGGGAGUCUUAUUUAUCUAUAUGUAUAUACAUAUAUAUAUAUAUAUAUAUAUAUAUAUAUAUAUAUAUAGGUGGGUGUGUGUGUGUGUGUGUGUGUGUGUGUGUUAGAGGGGGUCCUUUUCCCAGUAUGGACUCAUAAAGAGCUCCAUUUGAUCUAAUUGGACAAAAAUAUCAAAGCACUUAGUCCCUAAAUCACUGGGGACAAUAGAGAGCAUCUGGGCGGUGACCCUAAUAAACCAAAGAGCAACUGUUUCGUACCAAACCCCCGUGUUAUCGUGGGCUAUUAUUCUGUUAUGCUUCUGUCAUUGUGAACAAUGAAGAAAAGAAAUCCCUAAAUAAAACACAACGAAAACAAAGAUGUCAACUGGUCCCAAAAUAAACACCCUGGCAACCGACGGCGGUUAA